AUGAACAAGGCUCCGGCUACAAACCCAGAGAAGCGGAUCGGAAGUCUCGUCCUAAACCCUGGCGGACCGGGCGGAUCUGGUAGUACAUUCCUAGCUAACUUCGCCUAUAACAAUGUAUUAGGCAGCAGUGUGUAUCUGCGAGAAUACUUCGACCUAGUUGGUCCUGAUCCUCGAGGCACUGGUUUGAGUGCUCCAAUGCAGUGCGACCCCGGCCUUUGGAACCAGCGUAUAUCGAAGCAGCCCAGAACCGAAGCAGCCUUCCACAAUAUGGUUGCGCUCUGGCGUAAGCUUGGCCUCGAUUGUAUGAAACGGACUGGUGCAAGUUUCAGUCACUCUGACACUAUCAGUGCUGCCCACGAUCUAGAAGCAAUACGCCUUCUCUAG